AGACCUGUUUUAUUCAGCUCUGAAUAUCAUCUUGUGUGCGUGUGGCUCUCUGCUGCUUAAAGAGCAUUUUUUGUAUUUUUAAUUCAAGAGAAAGAGUAGCAUUGUUCAUUUGGAAGACAGCAGGUGGAUAGUAGCUUUAAAGUAAUGAGUUUAAAGCACAUAAAGUGUGUUGUGGUCGGCGAUGGUGCAGUUGGCAAGACAUGUCUCCUAAUGACAUACACAACUAAUUCCUUUCCUGGUGAAUACAUACCAACUGUCUUUGAUAAUUAUGCUGCUAAUGUCAUUGUCGAUGAGAAACCGAUAAGGCUCGGACUAUGGGAUACUGCAGGACAAGAGGACUACGAGAGGAUUCGGCCACUUUCUUACCCUCAGACUAAUGUAUUUCUCAUCUGCUUCUCUCUUGUUUCAUCCUCCUCUUACCAGAAUGUUGAGCAUAAGUGGUACCCCGAGGUGAGGCAUCACUGUGGUCCUGAUGUGCCCAUUAUUCUUGUUGGGACUAAAGUGGAUCUAAGAGAAGACCCUGAGACUCUCUCAGAACUUGCAAAAGAUGGAAAGACACCACUUAAAUUUGUCGAUGGACUAAAGCUACAAAAGAAAAUAAACGCCGAGAGAUACAUUGAGUGUUCAGCAAAAAUGCUAACAAAUAUACAUCAGGUCUUUGAGGAGGCAGUGAGGGUGAGCUUGAAGGCAAUGGAGCCAAAGAAAGUAAAGAGAAGAUGCGUCUUGUUGUAGCAUGUCUGCCACUUGUUGUAAAUUUUAAAAAAUUUAAUUUUAAAUUGAUCUAUUAAUUAUGAUUACCAUGCUACAGUAUUAUCACUGUAUGUCUUUCUGUAAUUGACACAAUGCAUUUAUUAUUAACUUUAUUAUUAUUAUUAUUAUUAUUAUUAUUGUGAUUACCUCUAUUACUAAUACUACUAUGAUCCUCCUUCUCCAUUAUCACUCUCUCAUGCUUUAUUAAUUAUUUUAAUUUUUGAAAUCAGAA